AUGAGUCAAGAUCUAAACGAAAUUGAUGAUAAAAAAAUUCGUGAAUUUUGGAUUAAGAAUAUUUGCAAUCAAGAAAAAUUUAAAACUAAAGAAAUUUAUGAUUUCAUUAUCGUGGGAGCUGGUACUGCUGGAUGUGUGCUUGCUAGAGAAUUGAUUCAUGGUAUUCCGAAUAUUAAUGUCCUAGUAUUGGAAGCUGGAGGUCCCGAUACUUAUUCUAAUGGCCUAAUUAAUUUGCCUUGUGCUUCUUUUAAGGCUUUCAAAGUAAGUGAAAAUGACUGGGGAUAUAUUACUGAGGAACAAAGAACACAAAGUUUUAUAGACCCUACCAAAGAAAUAUUAAGAAAGGGAGCCCCUUAUGUGCGCGGAAAGAUCUGGGGAGGAAGUAGUUCAUUGAAUACAAUGGUUUACAUGCGUGGUCAGGCAAAAGGGUAUAAUGAUUGGGCGGCACAAGGUCCUGAGUACAAAAUUUGGGAUUGGGAUCAUUGUCUAGAAGCAUUUAAAGCUGUAGAAAAUAAUUCACGAAAGAAUCCUGAUGAAAAAUUUAAAAAAUUUCAUGGAUUCGAUGGUUUACUUCAUGUGCAAGAUAACCAAAAUGGGAAUUAUGAUAUUAUGUCAGGUUUAAUUGAUGCUGCAAAAAACCUUGGAAUUCCUUAUAAUGAUGAUUUUAAUGGUGAGAGACAGAAUGGUGUUGGAACUUUCCAGUUUACAAUAAAAGAUGGAAGAAGAUGUUCUUUGGCUGAAAGUUAUCUAAAAGAUGCAUUAAAAAAAGUCGAAUUAUAUCCAGAUUCGAAAAAUGAUGGUUUCGGAAAAGUUUCAUCAGUAGAUGUUAGGUCAUUUGCUCACGUCCUAGAUAUUAUUUGGGAUGAGGAAAAUAAAAAAGAAAAUGUUGCAAUCGGCGUAAGAUAUUUUUGUAAUGCUGUUGUGCGUAAGGCUUUUAUUGCACCAAAGGGAGAAGUUAUUCUUUGUGGUGGUGCUAUUAAUAGCCCUCAGAUCUUAAUGCUUUCCGGUAUUGGACCAAAAGAAAAUUUUGAAUCAAAUAAUAUAAAAGUUCGUAAAGAACUACCAGUUGGAAGAAAUUUAUUAGAUCAUCCGAGUUGUUUGAUCGUUGCUAAAUCGACUCCAAAUACAAUCAAUCAUUGGAGUAAUGGAGCUGAAGUUGGAAUAAUCCAUAAAGCUAACGUUGAAGGGAAGAUUCCUUCGACCCCGUACAUACCUGAUUUAAUAGAUCCCUCAAUAGAACUUUAUAACAAACAUAAUAAAUUCGAUGGGAUUAUUUUAUUACCUGUUCUUAACGUUCCAUCAAGCGCUGGUUAUCUAGAACUUAAUAGUAGUAAUCCAUUCGACCAACCGAAGAUAUUCUCAAACUAUUUUAAAAAGUCUGAUGAUUUAUAUAGAAUGAUUAGCACACUUAAAUUAUGUCGUGAAAUACUUAAACAACCACCACUAAGCACUGUUUAUAAUGUUAAAGAAAUUGGAAUUAAUGAUGAAUUUGGUCAAUGGUGUACUAAUGGUGAUGAUAUGAGUGAUGAAGAUUGGGAAAGUUUUAUUUUGACUAAGGCAUUAAAAAUGGCUCCAGAAUCUAAAGAUGGAGUAGUUAAUCAUCGACUUCAAGUUUAUGGUACGAAAGAUCUUCGGGUUGUUGAUGCCUCGAUAUUUCCAUAUAUACCAAGCGGAAACCUGAAUGCACCUGCAGCUAUGGUUGCUUGGAGAGCGAGUCGAUUAAUCAUUGAGGAUUAUAUGGAAACAUCUUAA